AUGUUCUACCGCAUCCAGCAGCUCAGAUCCAUUAUUGGAAUGCCGCCGCUGGUGCGCAAAAAUAUAGCCGCGUUGGGCCUCAGGCGCAGAAACGCCGUGGUCUACCAGCGGGUUUCGGUGGCCACCGCCCACAAGCUCCGGUUGGUGAAGGAGCUUGUGAAAAUCGACUUGUUGGACGAGCUGCAGGUCCAGCGUCUCAAGGAAAAGGAGAGCACGCCGUACCCCAGCGGGUUCCAGAAGAUCGGCCAGCUCUAG